UACGAAAUAAAAUAUUUUCAGAACGUGUGUGAUUCACCAUCAAGUUGUUGACGAGUGUAGACCCGUUACUGAUUUAUUUCACAUUUAUGGAUAAAUAAUUUCUUGUACAUAACAUUAUCGAGUUAAUUUUAGACGAUUUAAAAGAUAAUUAGUGACGAAGAUAAAGCCAGCAAAAAAUAAGAGGGGAUUUUAAAAAAAAUAUUUAAUUAAAAAUCAAUUUACAACGCGAAUAGCUCGCGGAACAAGCAAAAAAAUCUUCAUAAAAAAUUCAAUCGAGUGAUAAAAAGAUAUUAUCGAGAUGAAGGUCAAUAAAUUCGAAAUGUUAAUCAAAUUUGCGGCAUUUUAUUUGUGUAUGAAUUUCAUUGUUAUAUCAGCAAUACCUGUAAAUGAACAAAAUUUAGAUAACAAGAAAGCAGCAGAAGCAGCGUCAGUAGAAGCUCCUGACACUGAUUAUGAUGCAAUUUCAGUCGACAAAUCAACAGAGGCGUCAAAUAGUGACACAAAGCCACCACUAGUAUUCCCUGUUGACGAUAAAACGACAUCGAAAAACGACACAGCUUUAGAAAUUCUACAAAAGAACUCAAACACAUCGAUAAUAAAUAAUUCAACUGCAGAAAAGAAGGAAGCUAGCCAUGAAAGUACUGAUAAAGAUUACGAUGAAAAGGAAAUUGCAACAGACAAGAAAACUGAGGACGUAAAAAAGGAACCAAAAACUGAGGAUACACCAAAGUCUGUUGAAACGACAGAACAGUCAAAAAUCGAAAAUGUAAUAAAGAAUGAAGAAACUACAGAGAAAGAUUACGAGGAGGCAUCAAAUGAGACUAGUGGCGAUGAUAAAGACGAUGUUGAGAUCAUUCAAGAUAGCCAGGCUGAUCAAGGAGACUUGGAAACGAGAUAUGGCGUUAAUUCAACAUCAAUUAAUGUUUUUGAGGAACCAACUUUAAAAGGCACUCAUUAUGCAUUCAUUUUUGCCACACUCCUUGUUUUCUUGUCAGUCACAGCUUAUGUAGGUUUAAUUUUAUGGCGAAAGUCCUUAGAAUAUCGUUACGGAAUGAGACAACGCUUAGUUACCGAAGACGAUUAUUAUAAUAACAAUGAUGUUAGAUUCUUUGGUUUGUGAAUUGAUAACAACGAGCAAUGAGAAUUUCGAGUGCCAUGAAUGUUCCGAUAAGUAGUCUUCUUAUUUCCAACACAUGUAUUAUACAUACACAAAUUGUAUUUCCAAACCAUUUCGUCUUCGUAUCUGUGAUAAUGAAAAAAAUAAAGCUAGAUGCC